UCAUUACUCAUUAGUUUUUCGAUUACACGUCCCAGUGCUCCGGACUGUGUACGAGUUAGUUACUUCUGAUUCCUCUCAGAGAGAGAGAGAGAUCAGGGAACAGAGAAAGAGUGAAGGAGAAAAGGGCAGAAGAAUCAUUCGAAAAUCAAAAGAAUAAAGAAAUAAUGUCCGCCCGAGAGAGGGAUAGAGAUCUAGAGCUUCUCAUUCCGGUAUCAGAAGGAAGCAACCUAGAAGAUGGUGGAGGCUCCAACUUGUCGUCGGCUUCGCCCACUUCCAUCACUCCUUCGUCCCGCUCCCACCACCACCGCAGCAGCAGCAGAGAGGCAUUUUCUAAAGUCGUACGUAGCUGGGCUUCAAAAAAGUUUAUGACAGGAUGUGUCAUACUCCUUCCUCUGGCAUUGACGUUCUAUAUCACUUGGGGGUUCAUUCGUUUUAUGGACGGAUUCUUCUCCCCAAUCUAUGCCCAUCUGGGGAUCAAUUUAUUUGGUCUCGGAUUUGUCACCUCAAUCACUUUCAUCUUCUUAGUGGGUGUUUUCAUGUCCUCGUGGGUGGGAGCUUCUGUUCUUGGUUUAGGGGAAUGGUUCAUUAAGAAAAUGCCACUGGUAAGCUACAUAUAUUCAGCCUCAAAACAAAUAAGCGCAGCUAUAUCACCAGAUCAGAACUCUCACGCAUUUAAGGAGGUGGCUCUCAUAAGGCAUCCACGUAUUGGGGAAUAUGCAUUUGCAUUCAUCACAUCAACAGCGAUUCUACAAAGAAGUUCGGGUGAAGAGGAACUCUGUUGUGUUUAUGUGCCUUCAAACAACUUGUAUAUUGGAGAAAUUUAUCUCGUUAGUCCAAAGGAUAUUAUCAGACCAAGUUUAUCAGUUCGGGAGGGAAUAGAAAUAGUUAUUUCUGGAGGUAUGUCAAUACCUCAAAUAUUGACCAUAAUGGAUGGGCACGCCAUUCCAGCAGCAAGAAUUGGGAGAAGCGCAGUAUAUGCAGUUCCAAAAGUCUAAUGGCAGUAUGCAAUCAAUGAAGAUGCUUCUUUUACUAAUUCAUAUUCCUUCAGAAAUCAUUGGGGUUAUUGGUCAAUGAGAUAGGUUUUACUCUAUCGCUUCACCAGUGAACCCAAUAACCAACAGUACUGGAUGAACAACAGUUACAGCAGUCCACUUAGAGGAAGACUCUAAUACCAAUGCUUUGAUCGGGUAUUAAUUGAAGUAACUAGAAAGUUCGCUUUUCCUAUAAAGCCUUCAUCCCUGGAUUCCCCAUUUUUUGUUUAAAUUGUAACUUGUGGCUAAACCAGAGUUUGCGUUACAGGAUUUCUUAUUUUUGGCGGCCAAGUUGCAGCUUCAAAUCUCCUAUGGUAAAAUAUUGCCAUCUUUUCUGUAUCCUAGUAGCCAAGCUGAAUAUUAAAAAGAAAGAAAAGGAAAAAAAAAAAAA